AGUACCCAGUACCACAGGAAGUACCGGAAUGAAGAGGCUGUUUGGCAGGAAAGGCAAGUCGCAGUCGAGCACGACCUCCAGCAAUGAGGCCGACGCCCCUGCGGUUUCGCCCAGCAAGCUGGACAGCAUGAUCCGAUCUGCGCCAGAGCGAUCCCCGCCACAGCUCCCGCUCAUGCUCCGUGAGUACAAGCCACACCCAAAACUCAACGACUUUGUGCAGAUGGUUACCCGCGACUGCACAAUGGACCGCUACCUCACCAACAAGAAGAUGACAAAGUGCAGCAUCAAGAUGGACUUUGGCACCUUCAACAUUGUCUUCAGAACGGGCCCGGGGCGGCGCGCACACUACGUCCCACUCCACACCGUGUGCGAAGUGCGCACAGGCGAACAAGCAUUGGCAUGCAAGGACUUCAAGCUUGCCUCCUCAGAGUCCAAGGACUGCGCCCUUGUCAUCUUGCAUGGCGACCAGUUUCGCCUCAAGCAGCUCUGCCUUGUUGCGCAAAACGCUGCGGAGGCAGAAGCGUGGGCGGUCGCCGUGUGGGAGCACUCUCGAUUCCUUCGACCAGAUCUUUACAUGACACACAUGAUGCGGGACCGGUGGCUGCAGACGCAGUGGGACGAGCUGAGCGGCGGCAGCGACCAGAUUGGCCUGCGCGAACUCAAGACGUUUGCCACCAAAAUCAACUACAAGCUCUCUGCAAGGGAGCUUCGCGACUACAUGUACCUGGUUGACGAGUUCAAGCAAGGCAUCAUCAACCGCGAGCAGUUUACACAGCUGUACCACCACCUCGUGGAGAACCAGCACGUCACAGACGUCUUCCGCAGCUUCUCUUCGCAGGCAUCAAAGACGUCGCUGACGGAGAAGGACUUGCAGCAGUUUUUCCGCCAGGAGCAGAACCAGCAGGUCAGCAUCGCAGAGUGCAAGGAGAUUAUCAAGAAAUACGGCAAAGACAACACCCUCCCCGUCAACAUGUUUGUUGAGUUUCUGCACUCGAACGACAACCACAUCUGGAACCCUGACCACGACAUGGUGUAUCAGGACAUGCACCUGCCGCUGGCGUGCUACUUUAUCGCCUCGUCGCACAACACGUACCUCAUGGGCGACCAGCUUCGCUCGGAGUCGUCCGUGGAGGCGUAUGUGCGCUGCCUGCGCGACGGCUGCCGCUGCGUAGAGAUUGAUUGCUGGGACGGCCCCUACAACGAGCCCAUUGUGUACCACGGCCACACGCUCACCUCCAAGAUCAAGUUCCAGGACGUGGUGAAGGUUGUGAGCGAGCACGCGUUUGACACGUCCGAGUACCCGCUGAUCCUGUCGAUUGAGAACCACUGCAGCCUGUCGCAGCAGGAGGUGAUGGCGCGCAUGUUCCAGGAGGCGUUUGGGGACUACCUCAUCACCCGCCCGCCCGACGACUGCCAGGAAAAGCACCGCGACUGCUACCCGAGCCCAGAGCAGCUGAAAUACAAGGUCAUCAUCAAGCACAAGAAGCUCGAGGGCCAGAGCGAUUCCGUCGUCGUCAGCCGCAUGCGGGAAGCGGAUUUGUCGUUCUCUGUGAAGAAUGGGCACCUGCUGCUCGAGGACAAGCUUGACGAGGCGUGGAAGAAGCACUACUUUGUGCUCACGGAGACGAAGCUGUUCUAUGCUGAGGCCCUUGACGAGGAGGAGGAAGAGGUGGACGACGAUGACGACGACACAGACUCGGCAACAGAGGGCGGCACAGAGGCUGACGAGCCCCAUUUCCGCGAGCCGUGGUUCCACGGGAAGCUGGUUGGCGGGCGCGUGGCUGCGGAGGACGUGUUGAAGAAGCACCUCGACGACCCGGGCACGUUCCUCGUGCGCCCGAGCGACUCCUUCAAGGAGGAGUACAGCCUGUCGUUUGUGCACAACGGACGCGUGCAGCACUGCCGCAUCCGCAAGCGCGACGGCCACUUUUACCUCACAGACACGUGCUCCUUUGCCACGUUGUACGAGCUGAUUGACUACUACCGCCAGGUCUCGCUGCAAGGCCCCACGUUUACGCUGACACUUCGCCACGCCGCGCCGCAGCCCGCCCCGCACGAGUCUGAGCGGUGGUUCCACGCGGACCUGCCCCGCGAGCAGGCCGAGGACAUGCUCAAGCGCAUCCACCACGACGGCGCGUUCCUCGUGCGCGGCAAGCAGUCGGACCCCAACAGCUUUGCCAUCUCCUUCCGCGCCGAGGGCAAGAUCAAGCACUGCCGCAUCCGCCUGGACGGCCGCAUGUACUGCAUUGGUGACGCCGAGUUUGACAGCCUCGUUGCCCUCGUCGACUACUACAAGAGCAAGCCCCUCUACCGCAAGAUGAAGCUUAAGUAUGCGGUUGACCAGGAGCUGAUUGACAAGCACGGCCAGGCGCCCGAGGAGGACAUUUACAACUCGGACGCGCUGUACCAGGAGCCAAACGCAUUCGAGGGCCGCAGCAUUGUCACCUCAAACGUCACCUGCCGCGCCCUGUACUCGUAUGGCGCGCGCAACCCGGACGAGCUGACCUUCCCCAAGGACGCCAUCAUCACCAACGUCAUCAAGCGGGACGACGGCUGGUGGCAGGGCGACUACGGCGGCCUCCCGGGCGGGUGGUUCCCUUCAAACUACGUCGAAGAGAUUGAUCACAACGCGCUAAUGAACGAGGACAAGGAUGACGCAGACAACCCGCUCGGUGCGCUGGAGAAGGCCGACAUUGAGCUGAAGAACCUGGAGGUGGUGCCCUUGCCUGCGCGCGGUGACCAGGCGUUUAUCUUUGCCAUCCGCAACAAGCUCAACCCGACGCAGUCGCUGGACGUUGGCGCCACCACCAAGGAGGACAUGAUGGACUGGAUCGACUCCAUCAACAGGACCGUCAAGGAGCUCGAGGCCAGAAACAUCCAGCGGCGCAUUGACGAGAAGAAGCUCAAGAUCCACCGCGACCUCUCUGCCCUCGUCUUCUACUCGCAGUCGGUGCCCUUCCGCAGCUUUGAGGAGAACUGCUCCCUCGAGUACUUCAAGAUGUCCUCCUUCUCCGAGAAGAAGGCCAUGGCUCUUGUUCGCGAGGUCAACGGCCAGGCAGAGGCGUUCAACAGGUACAACAUCCGGCAGCUGUCGCGCGUGUAUCCCAAUGGAAAGCGCGUGGACUCGAGCAACUUUGACCCGCGUGUGAUGUGGAACGCUGGCAUGCAGCUGGUUGCGCUCAACUACCAGACACCCGACCGCGCCAUGUGGCUCAACCACGGCAAGUUCCAGCAGAACGGCCGCUGCGGGUAUGUCCUCAAACCGCAGUCGAUGCUCAAGCCGACGUUCAACCCGUACGACCACAAGACAUACGGCGUCGAUCCUGUCACCAUCCACGUUCGCGUGAUCUCUGGGCGGCACCUGCUGAAGCCCGCGCGCGGAAUUGCGUCACCGUUUGUGGAGGUUGACCUCGUUGGUAUUGAACACGACAAGUACAAGACCAAGACGUGCACCGACAACGGGUUCUGCCCGGCGUGGGUGGAGGCUGUUGAUGGCCGCACGUGCUGGAACGAGGAGGUGUCCUUCAACGUGGACAUGCCUGAGCUCGCGUGCCUGCGCAUUGUGGUGCAGGAUGAGGACAUGUUCGGUGACGCCAACACCAUUGGCCAGAACGUGUACCCGCUCGGCACACAGCACGAGUCCAGCAUCCGCACAGGCUACCGGUCGAUCCAGCUGAAGAACGCGUUCAACGAGCCGCUGGAGCUGUCGUCCAUCCUGGUGCACAUCCGCGUGGAGUACGAGCGCUCUGAGGAGUACCAGUCGCUGCAGGAACUUCGGGAGAACCUGCGCCGGGCCGGGGCGCGACGCGACGAGCUCAUCAAGGAGACGCUGCUCCAGCAGCAGCAGGGCAAGCAGGACCAGGUGGUCGCAAAGCAGCUGCAGCAGCUUAACCACGAAAUCACCUCCAUCAACACGCAGAUCAUGUCCAACCCUGUGGAGAUGCGACGCCUCAAGCAGGAGCAACAAGACAAGCUCGACACCCGUCCCCGCUGAUCCCCUCCCUCUCUGUCUCCCCAUUGCACACCCACCCGCUCUCACGAACACAUGCACAUGUCCCGCAUGUCACACACGCCACGCGUGUCACACUUUCAAUUGCAGACCUCCUGUUCCUCCUUUCCCUUGUCGUCAUUCUUUUAUCUCGCUGCUGUUUGCUGCUGCUGCCGCCGUUGCUUGUUUGUUAGCGUCGUCUGCCGUUGGAGCCUUUGCUUGCUUCUUUUGCUUGCUUGCUGGCUUGCUGGCUGGCGUGUUCCGCCACAUGCAACCAACGCACACACCCGGCCGGUUGUCACAUCAUUGCUUCAUCUUUUUGUGUUCUUCAGCGCUUUUUGCUGCUGGUGCUUUGGAGUUUUGCUUGCUUGCGUGCGUGCGUGCGUGCGUGUGCGUGAGUUUGUGCGUGUGCUGUGUGCUGUGUGCUAUGUGCAAUGUGUCGUGUGCACUUGGGUGUGGUUGUGCUGCUUGACCUCGUGUGUCAACGUGACGACGAUCGUCCAUGUGCCUGCUUCUUCCUCCGCUUUUGUUUUCACUGCUGUCGUUCUUUGUUACAUAAAGCCCCUCCUUGUCGUGAAA